GAAUGAGAAGGAGCACUGUCCAACCGUGGAAAUGGCGCUCAGUGGUUUAGGAGCCUAAAGUCAGGGGAAGUACUCCGUGGUUGGAAAUCAAUCUCUACGCCCCGAGGACUGUUCAUAUGGGCUGUACAUUGAAAACGAACGGAUUAUGACAGAGAAGAAGAGGAAUCGAGAGACCCAUCCAGAAAAAGAAAACCUCCGUGGCUCCAAUAAAGCCGUGAACAUCGGGCAGUGAACAAUGAACAACCUGGCUGCCCAAGUCACCAGCAGUCUGCUGCCUUUCCCAGCUGUCACUGUAGAUGCUCUUGGGGAAGAUGAGAUCACUCUAGACUCUGUACUACAUGGGAAAUUCACUGUUGGCCGCAGUGGGCUGGCCUGGCUGGCCUGUGGCCCCCAUCUGGAGGUGGUCCAUGCAGUAACAGGAGAGCGGCUUUCUGCAUACUGCUUCAGUGGUGGAGGAGAGCACCCACCCACUGUCCUUGCUGCCAGGGACUUCAGCUGGCUCAAACGGUCUGGGUUGCUGGUAGGCCUGGAGGAAGCAGAGGGCAGUGUGCUGUGUCUUUAUGACUUGGGCCUGUCAAGGGUGGUCAAAGCUGUGGUCAUACCAGGCAGGAUUACAGCUAUAGAGCCGUUAGUGAGUUACGGUGGAGCAAGCACCUCAACCCAGCAUCUUCACCAGAGUCUGCGCUGGUUCUUUGGCAUUGCUGCCGUAGUGACAGACCUGGGCCAUGUUCUGCUUGUGGACCUGUGUCUCGAUGACCUUUCCUGCAGUCAGAAUGAACUGGAAGCUUCAGACCUGCAGGUAGUGACCAAAUCUCCGUCAGAGAUCCCCAGACUCAGAGAAGUCAGCACCAGACAGGGCAGACAUCUUUGUCUCCAGCUGAAUUCUCCCAGUGGAGUCGGAGCCACAGCUCUGCAGUACAUCUCCAGAACCAAUCAGCUGGCAGUGGGAUUUUCUGAUGGAUACUUGCAGCUGUGGAACAUGAAGGCUUUGAAGAAGGAAUACCACUCCCAGUUGGAUGGUGGCAGGGUUCCCGUUCAUGCCUUCACCUUCCAAGAGCCUGAAAAUGACCCCAGGAACUGCUGCUACCUCUGGGCUGUUCAGUCUUCCCAGGACCUUGAGGGAGAUAUGGUCAGCCUCCGCUUGUUGCAGCUGGCUUUCAGUGAAAGAAAGUGUCUCGCUUCUGGGAAGAUCCUCUAUGAGGGUCUGGAGUAUUGUGAGGAACGCUAUAGUCAGGAUUUAAGUGGCCCAGCUUUCCCUCUGAGAGCCCAGGCUACCAACACUCGCCUGCUCAGUUGCCAAACCAUCGAAAAAUUCAGACCUCAUCCUGACAGAGACGACAGCAUGAAUGAAGUUGCCUCUCCAGACACCAGUGUGUCUGUCUUCAGCUGGCAGGUCAGAGCCUAUGGUCAGGGUACUCCAUGUACGUACGUUGGAGUUUUUGACAUCAACCGCUGGUACCACGCACAAAUGCCAGACUCCUUAAGAACGGGGGAGUCUCUGCAAAACUGUCCCUAUCUGGCUAUGUGGUCUCUGGACCCGGUAGUGCAGAUGGUGUCUCAGCACCUCCUCCUGGAUGUGGUAGUGCAUGAACGCAGCCUGAGCAGAGGCCUGCCCUACACCUGUCCUCCACCAGAGCAGUACUUCAACCCCACCACAUAUAACUUUGAUGCUACCUGUUUGCUCAACUCUGGCAUUGUGCACUUAACCUGCUCUGGGCAUCAAAAAGAGACCCUGAGCUUUUUGAAGAAAGCUGCCCCUUGUUCCAGUGAUAUCAUUUCCUCCAGUUACUCUCGCUGCCUCAUGUCCGGCCUCCUCUCAUCUCGCCUGGCUGACACCCAGCUCUCCAGCCUCUCUCAGGAGGAUCAGCUGGAUGCCAUUUUGUCCACAGCAGUGGAGACCAGCUCCUUAGGUCUGAUCACUGGCUGUAUUAAGCAGUGGACUGCAGAAGAACAACCAGGCUCUGCCCUAAACCUGCGCUACAUCCUUGACUGGGCCUGGAACAAAGUAGUUCAGACCAAAGAGGAACUGGAUGGGAUCUGUGCACCAUUGUUCGACAGUUCAUCAAACUUCACAGACCCACAGACUCUGCAGCUUCUCCAACACAGUCAGAGGCUGCUCAGUAACCUCAGCACCAUCUUCCACUGUCUGCUCAGUGAGGCUCAGGAGCUCACGCAGAAAGGACUGGUGGGUCUGAUGAAUAAGAACAUGGUGUCCAGUCUGAUCUCCAAAUACGCUCAGGUGGUCCUCUGGUUCUGUCGUACUGGUCUACUGCCUGAAGGAUCAGAUGAUGAUGCUCUCCAAAUCUCUAGACCUUUCUACACUCCCUCAGUCAUCAGCAACUAUUACACGAUACGCAGAGAGGAGCUCACCAGGCUGGCUAAAGGCAAGUGGUGUGCAGACUGCCUGAUGAUCGACGGCUUGGUUGGCCAGUGUGGUGAACGCUUGACCAACCUGUGGAAAAGGGACGAGGGUGGUACAGGGCUAUACCCCCCACCUUCAUUGCAUGCCUUAUUGGACAUUUACCUGCUGGACAACAUUGAUGAAACUGCCAAACAUGCUAUUGUGAUUUACCUUUUACUUGAUGUCAUGCACUCCUUACCCAAUAAGGAGGGAGCAUCAGUGGAGUUUUUCCCCACAGCUUUUGCCAUCCCCAUUGGGCUGGUUAAAUUAGUACAGGGCCUCUGGCUGCUGGACCAUCAUGACCAUCAGAGUUCAUUUGAGCUGCUCCUACACCCAGCAGCCUCUCAGUGUCAGUUCGAGUGGCAGCAUGAACGCGUCCUGCAUGCACUGAUGUGCCAGGGUCAACACUCAGUGGCACUGCGAUACUUCCACAUCACAAAGCCUCCAAUUUCCUCCCUCGCCCAGGCCAAACUCUGCCUGUCUGUUCUUCUACACAACAGGUGUCUCAUAGAAGCGUGGUCUUUACUUCGGCAGCACUCCAGUCGUCUCAACAUGGCUGAGCUGAUGGGCUUUCUGUAUGAGAGCUGCCAGGAGCUGGGCCUCAUCAAGGAGCUGCUUAAAUUGCCCCUGGGCCUUGCUGAGCAGGAGUGUUUGGAGAAGUUUCUUCAAGGUACAGGGGGUCUUCAGAACCGAGAGCUGCUGAUGGUUCAUUACAUCCAGCAGGCCAAUUACAUUCCUGCUCUGCAGCUCAACCACAGCCUUAAACUCAACCUGGUGAAUGAGCGAGACCCAAAGCUUAAGGAACGAUCAAAUACCAGGAACUCCAUAUUGGAUCAGUAUGGGAAAGUUUUGCCCCGAGUUCAGAGGAAACUGGCAAUGGAGAGAGCCAAGCCCUACCAGCAUCCAUACGCCAUCCACAGAGAAGUGUCUCGGCCCCAGCCUCUAUCAACCAUCACUAAGCGCUCAGCCAAUGAGAAGGUGUUGUCAAGGGCUGGCUUCAUCAACAAUGUCUUGACAAAGAUAGAGGAAGUGUGGCUAGGAAAAGGAGAAACACCACAGUCCUCCCCAGCCAAGAGCCCCAGGGCUGCUGACGUUCAGAGCCCAAAGCCCUCCUCGGCUCUGCCUGACAUCUUUCUGGGAACUCCCAUCACCAUGACCUCCAAACGAAAGUCAAGGCUGAUGGACUUGGUGGUUCACCCCUCCUGUCAGACUCCUCGGCCUCUGCUCAGUCCCCCCAGACCUCCCACUUCCUGGAUUUCUCCAAAGGGCAGCAGCAAGGCGCCUGAGCUCAGUCUGCUGCAAACACCACAGGUCGUCAAGCGAGCUCGGGCCUUGGCUGCCUCUGGCCCCGUGUUUUCAGGCUUCACCCCACAGUCUAUCCUGCGCAGCAGCCUGAGGCCUACACCUGUCGCCACACCCUCUGCUUCUCCUGGACGCUCUGUUACACCACCACCCCGCAGUAAAGAGAGCCGAAUCACCUUCAUCGAAGAGGCUGAAUCUCCUGAACCAGAAAAGGGCAUACGCUGGACUAAUGGGAUGGCAGCAGACAGUGAGAUUAGCUUGUUAACCAGAGGUUCAUUGCUAUCCAAAGCCACACGAAAGACUUGGCCCUCACAGUCUGCAGAGGAGGAAGAGGAUGGAGACGAGGAAGAAGAACAACCCCAUGUAAAGUUUUUACCUCCUGAAGGUGGAAUUCCCUCUCCAGAGCUGAGGUGCUUUGAGAGCCAGCCGUCCACACUUGAUGAAGUCGCUGCUGAAACCAAACCGUCCGAAACGAUGAGGGCACGCCUCAGCUUGAGCUUUGACACCAGCCAGACGUCUCUCCGGUCAACAGACACCACUCUGGAGUAUUUUGAUGCUCCACUUGCAACACUCCAGGAAGGAGAGGAGGGACAUGUGGUUAUAGAGGAGGAUGAAGAGGUAGUGACAAUGAACAUUAAAACACCAAGAGAAGAGGAAGAAGCAGAGGAAAAGCCCUCAACGAUCACUGAACAAACCCCUCCCUUGACCUCAGAGGAUCAGGAGAGGAAAGAGGAAGAGGAAGAGGUGGCUGCAACAACAGAAGUGAAGGAAGAUGAAAUUGCCAAGGAGGUGGUCGAGAUUGGUCUUGAACAGGAGGCUGAAAAUGAGGAACUUCAGUCUGAAAAUGAAGGUGAACAUCAGGUUGAGUCAAGCAACACACCAGAGGAUGCUCAAGAUAUUGACCAUCAAGUUUGUAACCAGGUCACAGAGAGUGCAGAGACUGUCCUUGAAGCUGAAAGUCAGGAUCAACCUGAAAUAACUACUGUGAAAGAUGCUCAAUCAGAGGCCACAGAACUAACAGAGAUCAUGGAGCAGGAGGCACCAUCUGCAGCUGCUGAACUCUCAGAUAAACCAGAAGAAGAGCCAGAACCAUCAACAGAUCUGACAGAGUUUGUGCAUAGACAUCUGUUUGACAGCGAUCUGACCUCUCCACUCACUCGCUCAGGAAUCCAUGAUGCAUCACAGGCCCAGACCACCCUCAACAAUGAGUCGCUGGGUGAGGAUGAAGAGGAGAAGCCUUCAGCUGCUGCUGAAGCUCCCCCAGUGUUCACCAGCCAGAAGUCUACCAUAUCUGUGACAUCCUCUGAGCCAACAGGAACAGACUCCCACUCUGUUGUGAGUGUAAAUGACAGUGAAGAACUUUCAAGCCCUGAGUCUGAGGAGUUAGAAGAAGAAGAAGAAGAAGAAGAAGAGGAGGAGGAGGAGGAGGAGGAGGAGGAGGAAUCUGAUGAAGCUGAAGAAGAAGAAGAAGAGGAGGAGGAAGAAGAAGAGGAGGACUCUGGUAGUGAUGUGGAGAUCAUUGAAGAAGUCCAGGGUAACGGAGGGUUACCACCCCUACAACCCAGCUCAGUCUUCAUACAACAGGAACACGAACACUUUCUGCCCACCCUGUCAGAGCAGGAGGCUGCAGGGUUUCCUCUGAUCACACCGUCUGCAGAUAUAAAGAUGGUCGAUGAGGACUUGGAGGGGGAGGUGGUCAUGGUGAGACUUGGGGCCGAUGAAGAAGGCCUUUUAGCAGAUGAGGAGGAAGAGCAAGGAUCGUCAUACAUGGAGCUCAAACCCUCCACCACUCUCCUGGUUCCCCUCGAGAUCAUGGAGGGGCAGGACGGCCUUGUGGACGGUUCUCAACUGGAUCUCCCUGAGCUCCAGCCGACCGUUCAGGACGACGUGUGUGAAACUCACGGCGGCUUUUCUCUGAUGCUGGAUGUGGAGGAGGAUGUGGACAGAGAUGCAGACACCCUACCAAUGGAGGAGGAUCUGCAGUCUUGUGAGCCUCCUGUACUGUCUGCGGAAGCUGCGACUUGUGACGAGCAUUCAGCCAAAUCUGAGGUUAUUGUUUUGGACACGGCUGAUCAGGAUGUUGCCCCUCUGGGUGGAGAAGUCUUAGAAGAGGAGCAGAGAAAAGAAAUGGAGAGCUUGGAUGAACUUAUGGAAAAAGGAGAGCCCAAACAAGAGCUGGAUGAUCAAAAUAAACUAGAAACUGAAGUAAUCAGGGAAAAUCAUGAGGCAGAAGAUGCUGAAGAACAGAGAAAUGAAGAGUUGGUAACACUGGCAGAAAAGCACGAGCCAGCAGCUCUUGCAGAGUCUGGGUCAUCUGCAGAAGAGGAGCUACCAGCAGCUGUAAUAGAUGAAAACACUGAGGAGGAGGAAGAGAAUAAACCAACACCUGCAGAGGAAGAACUACCAGCUGUAACAAAUGAAAACACAGAGGAGAAGAUGAGCGAGGAGGAAGAAGAGGAUAAACCAACUCCUGCAGAGGAAGAACUACCAGCUGUAACGAAUGAAAACACUGAGGAGAAAAUUAGCGAGGAGAAGGAGGAGGAAGAAGAGGAUAAACCAACUCCUACAGAGGAAGACGUACCUGCUGUAAUAGAUGAAAACGUCAAGGAGACAAGGAGAGAUGAGGAAGAAGAUGAACCAACUCCCACUGAGGAAGAACCUCCAGCUGCAUUGGAUGAAACAGACUCUCUUGCAAAUAAAGAAUCAGAACUGGAGGAUAAACCAACUCCUUCAGAGGAAGAAUUUCCAGCUGUAAUGGAAGAAACAGACUCUGUUGCCAAAAAUGUUUGUGGAGAUGAGGAUAAACCAACACCUGCAGUGGAAGAACUCCCAGCUGUAGCUGAUGGCAAUGACUCUGCAAAGAUAGAAUCUGUUGAAGAGGAAAUGAGGGAUGAGAAGGAGGAGGAAGCUAAACCAACACCUUCUGAGGAGCAUGAAGAAGAGCCUCAAGAAAAUGGGCCCGUCAUCAUGGAAGCAGAAGUUUCCCCUUGUGCAGAAACGACUACUACUGUGCCAGAUGACAAAAUCUCUGAAGAGACAGAAGAGCAAAUCAUGGAGGAACCUAAGACGGAAACAAAAAGAACCAGGGGACGUCAGAGAAAACAGAAAGAUGAUGAAAUAAAUCUGUCAAAGAGUGAAGUCUCAAGUCAGCCAGAGGAGCUUUCCAUGCCAGAGACUCCUGCUUCUCAGAGGAGAAAGAACACUCCUUCAACCCCGACAAGAAGAACCACCAGAAGCAGGAUGGUUACCUUCAUCUCCCCCCUCACAGAGGAGGUAGAGGAGCCACAGGAGAACAGAGGAGUAGAUGUAGAAACAAGCAAACUGGUUCCUGCCUCACCCAGUCGUACACCAAGAAAAGGUAGACAGAUCAAAGAUGUGGACAUACAAGUGAGCACACCUCGAAGAAGUGCUCGUAAAGCUCAGCAGACGCUGCUUAAAGGUGAUGAGAAAGAGGAGGAGGCUGUAGUUAACAGCACCAUCAUUGAAUCAGCACCCAAGACCUCUUCCCCAGGCAGACGGCGAGCUUCCCAGAGAGCUGCUUCAACAAGGAGCCAGAGCGGAACUGAGGAGGUGUCUAAAGUCACAGAGCCUCAAAUCAAAGAUGAAGAUGAGGUCCCAGACGCAAAAGUUUCUCGACGAACAAGCUCCAAAACUCCUACACCAUCAAAACGUAGGAUCACUGAGGCAACCACUCCAAGGAGAUCCAGCAGAAGGAUACUGAACAGCAGUGAGGUCGUGCCAGCACCACUGGAGGUUUUAAAAGAAGAGAAGGAACAAGACGAGGUGUUUGUAUCACCCGUCAAACGCAGCCCCAGGAAUACACAGUCAAACCAGGCUGCUCUAAAUAUUUAUCCACAGGUCAAACUGGUUCCUCUAUCACUUCCUCAGAGUGCAAGAAAGACGAGAGGAACAACAAUAACUGAGAUUACAAAAGAAAGUGAAGUUCUGCUCGAACCAGAAAAAAACAGUCAUGCUGCUCGCUCCAGCUCCCAUCGACCAACGAGGAGCAAACUGUGGGAUCAUCCUGAAGAAGACCUUCCCCUGUUGGACUCCCCACUGGAGGUGGACUCUGAAAUUCCUGUUGCAGAUGCCCUUAUCAAGAGGCUUCAAGAUGAGGAGGAGAAACAGGAAGCAGGAGUAGUCAUCCCAAAGACGCUAAGAAGCAGUAAGAGGAGCACAAAGUCAUCAGUGGAGCAGAUCGAGUCCCUUCCUCCUGUGAAAGAUGAUCUGAUCCCUGAACCAGAAGAGGCCAAAUCUUGUCCAGACGAGCAUUCAUUCAUUUAUUCGCCCUCCCGGAGAAGAACAAGAGCUAGCAGAGCUGAGUCUCCAGGUCCAAAAGAAGAGACUGUGGUGGCCAUCACUCGCAGCAGGAGAAAAGUGGUCAAAGAAGCCUCUGAUGAUGAACCGCAUAACACAGAAGAAAAUGUUGAAAAAGAAAAAGCAGAAGGCGCUACAACAAGAAGAACAGGCAAACGAACAGCCAAAUCCAAACCUGUUCCUGAGCCGCCUCCAAUCGCACAGGUGGAGCUGAUCUCCCCUGUGCCCAGCCCUGCUGAUCCACCACAGCGAGCACAGAGGAGGACAAAGGAGGGGGAAGUUCCCGCCUCGAGUAUGAACCUCCGACGCAAACGCAUCAUGGAAACGGUUUUCACCAAACCAGUGACCCGGAGGAAGAAACUCUGAGGAGGUGGAUUGUGUUUAAACCUUUGAACCUCAAUCAGCCAGAAGAUUUUAAAUGAGUAGUAGUGUAUGCAUAAACUCAAAACGGUUAAAUCUCCUCACAUGCCUCACAGUGCUGCAGGUCUCUGUUGGGCAAAGAUGUGCAGUCAUGAAAAUAUAUUUUUGGGUCACAACACACUGGUAGUCAGCAGUGUGAGAGGACUAUAUUUUUGGAGUUUACACACCUCAUUGUUAAAACUUACAUUAUCUGGCAUGUGUGGCCAUUUAGUGUUGGAUAUUUUGCAACGUUCCUCCUGUUACGAUUCAUUCUCUGGGCGCAGUGACAUAAGGGAAAGCAUGAGGACUUUAAAGAAGCUCCCGUUAAUAAACCAGAGACUGAAGUGAACUCGCCUCGGUUAAAGAGGUUUUAUUUACAUUCUCAAUUAUUUUAAUUUUUUUUUUUCCUGAUGUUUACUUUUAAGAUUUCAAGGCCUGCUGUUUUUUCUAUUUAAGAAGAAAAGCAACCAACCCAGUGGAGACGAGCGAUUUCUACUGUUAGAUUUGUAAAUACUCUUUUGCUAUGUUCCAAAUAAAGUUAAUAAAUAAAUGAUAAAAGAAUAAUGUUCAUUUUGAAGUUUAAAGUGUCUGUGUUGCAUUUGAUCAUCUAAUCAGACUGCCUAUGCCAUAGUCUUAAACUUUCAGAGGGAUUUUCUGUGACUUGAACACAGACUUGUACACUUCUGUCAUCAGAUUUGGACUGAUUUUUGUACGUCAUGGGGAUGUUGUACAGUGUGAAUGAAAAAAACAAACUUGCACAGUGGUUUGAGUUGGUAAAAAUCUUUUGGGAUUUGUUAAUAGGCUUGUUUAAUUAAAAUAUGGCAUAUACCAUCUGACAUAAAGGCUAUUUUCUGAUGAAUGUAUGUAGAAUGUCUUAUUUUUGAUGACUGCUCUUUGAUAAAUAUGGAAAAG